AUCUUUGAUUUGUUAAUUUAUGUGCCUAAAUGUUUCCCGCUAGAACUCAAUUUCCAGGAAUUCAGUGGCGAACUUUUCUUAAAUUCUUCAGACAAAAACAUUAUGCAUUUACUAUACAAUUAACUGGAAAAACCCGUGUUGUUCCUAGAAUUAUUACUUCAUCCCCGACACUAGUUCAUUUAGAGACGAUGACAUGUCAUCAAUGAUGUCGAAAUAAGCAGUCAAGCAAAAUAUAAACCUGACCCAAACCGUUCGUGCACAAUCGGCAAUAGUUAAUGUUAAAGCUCUGACUAAAUCAAACCAAUAUCAACCGCUCGAAAAGUGACAAGUAGUUGUGAAACUGUCAACGUCACCCAGGCAGAGAUGAUAUUGAGGUGUAAUUUCACUAGAUCUUUGCCACUAUUGCAUUCCCAUGUCAGGUCUUUGUGUUUUUGAUGGUACCUGGUCUAUUUACUUGAAUUAAUCUGGUGUGUGUUGACUAAGAAAAUCCCGAAUGCUGUUAUAUUAACUUCUAUUACUGGCUCUGGUUGGUCUUGGUGUUUAUACAUGUUGGUGACUGUUUUUAUUUUGUAGUGGUUGAAUAGCUUUCAGUCUCUUGUCUACUUAAAAGAAUGUCAGUUGAAAACAAUUCGAGCCAUCUGGAUCUGACAGCCAAAGACAAAGACAAAACACCGGUUAUCAGUCCGGCAUCAGUUGAUAAAGUUUGGUCUCUGUCCCCGACUGUAAAAUCCCUUAAGCUGUAUGUCAACCAUUAUAAGAAUAUGUCUUUCAAAGCUGGCCAGUGGCUUGACCUGAUGAUCCCAAACAUCAGUAGAAUAGGUGGCUACUCUAUGGUCAGCAGUCCAGUCAGUUUUGAGAAGGAUGGAAUUCUGCAGCUGGCUGUUAAAUUUAGUGACCAUGCUCCCACGUAUUGGGUCCACAAGCAAUGUGCUGUUGGCAAUACAGUUUCCAUCUCCUUUGGUGGUGAGGUUUUCUAUGACCCCAAACCAGAAGACUCAAGCCAAGAUUUGCUUCUAAUUGGUGGAGGAAUUGGAGUCAAUCCACUUUGUAGUAUCAUGAAUCGAGUUGCAGACUUCAACUUAGCAAAGCAAUCUACUGAAAAUUCUUCAGGUUAUCAACCAGGAAACACUCUUCUUUUGUAUUCCUCAAGUACUGCAUCAGAGCUUUUAUUUAAGGAUGAUUUAGAUUUGCUACAGAAGAAACAUGACAACAUUCACUGCCGUUAUUUUGUGACCCAAGAGGAAUCUAAAACUGAUGACAUUGCUGCUCAUCGAAUGACCACUGCUGAUAUUGAAGAAGCAUUCAAAUUGAUUGAUAAGAAAAACUGCCAAGUAUAUAUUUGUGGUCCUGUCGGCUUUAUUGAUGACAUGGAGAAAAUUCUGAUUAAUUUGGAGGUUGACUCAGAUCAUAUUCAAAUUGAAAGGUGGUGGUAGAACUGUGGCUGUCAUAGUUUAUUGAUUCUUAUACCCCUACUAUGAAUCCUGAAACUGUAUAUUUUUGUAGCUCAUAUAAAGAUAUUGUGUGAUCAUAGACAAAAAUGAUAUUUUUUAUACCUGC